AUGGCAGCAAAGGACGAGAUCGCAUCAACACGUAAACACGUUGAUUGCCAAGCAGGUAGGUAAUGCAGCCAUCUACCACAAUUCCAUAUCCCCAAACGAUCAAUCCUCCAAAUUGUAGCUGACAUCGCGUUAUCUUGGAACAGUCUGACUCGAACGUUGUUCAGGAGAUGAAGAGAUCAAAGCCAACUUAUGUUCCCAGCCACGAGAUCACACUGGGCCGACCGUCUGACAUCCGACUGCAUCGACGAAGGGCUCGACAAAAUUGCAGACAACAAUCAGUUUCUCUUUGGCCGCAUUCAAAACCUACUGUCUCGGUGCGCAGAUACUGCUUGGAGAGAGCCGAUCGAUGGCGUCGUUUCCAGUCGUACCGCGCAAGAUGCAGUGAGGACAUGCCAGAUAAUACCGAUGGCCUUGGUGUGCAAGAACACGGCACUGAGUCGCAAUAUCGUAGGAAAAAGCACUUGUUGUUUGUGAGUUCUCACCGGUUGUUUGUCUUGUCGUGUUCACACUUCAGACUUCGCAGCGUUCAGCGUACACUUGCAAUCGUCAGAGCAACGCCAUGCAACAUCGUGACGGAUUUUUCGCCUUGGCAUGCGGCGCAAGCGAGCGCUUGACAACUUUUCUGCAAGAUUUCCUGCAAGACUUUCUGCAAGAUUGA